CCAACCUCUCUCUCUCUCUCUCAUAAUUCCUCAUUCGUUGUCUCUCUCUCAAAAGAUAUAUACAAAGUAUAGGUUAGGGAGAAAGAGAGAGAGAUAGAGUGUAUGAUGGAGAUAACGCCAAAAAGGUAUUGGCGGAGGUGGAAAGGAUACGAGAAGCUUGAUGGAUCAUCAACGGCGGGUCGAAGGAAUGGAAAACGGGUCAAAAUGGAUCCGACCAAGAAGAAACGCCUUUGGAAGAUCAAGAUUAUGCCAAAACUGAAAAUCCUCAGAAGAACGUCGGCUAAGAAGUUUCUGGUCUGGUUACGGGACUCUUAUGUUAAUAUGAUGAUGAAGUUGGCGAACUCACGGGCCGUAGGAGCUUCUGGAUACGGUGGAUCCGGUUUUGAGUCGGGUCGUCAGAUGAAGGAGUACGAUGAGAAAAUGCUUGUAGAGAUUUACAAGACGAUAUUGAUGGCGCAGUCUCAGGGGAAACUCACGCACCACGACACAGCUAAUAAGCUUCCAGCUGAGCCAGCGGUUGUCUCUGUUUAUCCUGUUGUUAGAUUAAACCCGGGUCAAUGAUGACACAAGCCUAACCCCCGGGUGGAGGUAUAGCCCACGGAUAGACCCUCUGCUGGACAUUCAAAUGAGUCGAAAACAAUGGACUCAUAUCCGUGUGGCCAGUGAGAAUCGAAUCUGGGACCAUAUUGAGGCCGAAACUCUCUCAAGUACCUUUGACUUGUUUGAUAUUACUUUUCAAGAUUGCUGAUAGCAAAGUUGUGAUUUUGAUCUCUAUUAAAUAAAUAUAAAAAAAGUUAUUAUAAAGAAAUGGAUAGGAGAUUGUGGGUUUUAUUUAAUGGAGUUUUCAUUAUUUGGCAAGUUUUGUUGAAUCUAUGAUUCAGAAAUAUAAAGAUUCGCAUUUACAUCGUAA